GUGGAUGACCGCUGCGUGGUGGAACCGGCUGCUGGAGAUCUGGAGAAUCCUCCCAAAAAGUUCAGAGACUGCCUGUUCAAGGUGUGUCCCAUGAGUCGGUACUCGGCUCAGAAACAGUUCUGGAAAGCCAAACAAGCCAAACACGAGAAGGACAAGAUCGCUGAUGUGGUGCUGCUGCAGAAACUACAGCACGCGUCCAACCUGGAGCAGAAGCAGAACGAGACAGAAAACAAGAAAGUCCACGGAGACGUCGUCAAAUACGGAACCGUCCUGCAGCUGCUCCACAUGAAGAGUAAUAAAUACCUGACGGUGAACAAGCGUCUGCCGGCGCUGCUGGAGAAGAACGCCAUGCGGGUCACUCUGGACGUCACCGGGAACGAAGGAUCCUGGCUCUUCAUCCAGCCCUUCUGGAAGCUACGCGCCAACGGAGACAACGUUGUCGUGGGAGACAAAGUGAUCCUGAACCCGGUGAACGCCGGGCAGCCGCUUCACGCCUCCAACUACGAACUGACCGACCAUCCGGGCUGCAAGGAGGUGAACUCUGUGAACUGCAACACCAGCUGGAAGAUCAACCUGUUCAUGAUGUACAGCGACCACCGAGAGGAGGUGCUCAAAGGAGGCGAGGUGGUGCGUUUGUUUCACGCCGAGCAGGAGAAGUUCCUGACGUGCGACGAGUAUAAGAGCAAACUGCACGUUUUCCUCCGGACCACGCUGAGGCAGUCGGCCACGUCUGCUACCAGCUCCAACGCUCUGUGGGAGGUGGAGGUUGUUCAUCAUGACCCGUGUCGUGGGGGGGCGGGACACUGGAACAGCCUCUACCGCUUCAAACACCUCGCCACUGGCAACUACCUGGCUGCUGAGGAGAACCCGGGCUAUAAAGGAGACGCAGCCGAGCCGGCCGUCUCGAUUGACGGUAGCCGUAGCAACAAGCGCUCCCAUGGCGAGAGGAUCAAGUACAAGUUGGUGGCGGUGGCUCACGGGAACGACAUCUCCUCGCUGUUUGAGCUGGACCCGACCACGCUGCAGAAGACCGACUCCUUCGUCCCCCGGAACUCGUACGUCCGCCUGAGACACCUGUGCACCAACACCUGGAUCCAGAGCACCAACGUCCCCAUCGAUGUGGACGAGGAGAGACCCAUCAGACUCAUGCUGGGGACGUGUCCCACUAAAGAGGACAAGGAGGCGUUCGCCAUCGUCUCCGUCCCCGUCAUGGAGAUCAGAGAUCUGGACUUCGCCAACGACGCCAGCGCCAUGCUGAGCACCGUGGUGGAGCAGUUCAGCCAGGGCUUCAUCAGCCAGAACGACCGCAGGUUUGCCAUCAAGCUGCUGGAGGACGUGGUCUUCUUUGUGGCGGACGUCAUCAACAGCGGCCAGGCGGUCCUGGAUGUUACCAUGACGAAGGCCAACCGAGAGAGACAGAAACUGAUGAGAGAGCAGAACAUCCUCAAACAGAUCUUUGGCAUCCUGAAGGCUCCCUUUAAGGACCGGGGGGGUGGCGAGGGUCCUCUGCUGCGUCUGGAGGAGCUGGCGGACCAGAAGAACUCUCCGUACCAGUAUAUGUUCAGACUCUGCUACAGAGUCCUCCGGCACUCACAGGAGGACUACCGCAAGAACCAGGAGCACAUAGCGAAGCAGUUUGGCGUGAUGCAGAGUCAGAUCGGCUACGACAUCCUGGCCGAGGACACCAUCACCGCCCUGCUGCACAACAACCGCAAACUGCUGGAGAAACACAUCACCAAGAAGGAGGUGGAGACCUUCGUCAGCCUGGUCCGCAAGAACCGAGAGCCCAGGUUUCUGGACUACCUGUCGGACCUGUGUGUGUCGAACAACGUGGCCAUCCCCGUCACUCAGGAGCUCAUCUGUAAAUGUGUGCUGGACCCCAAAAACCAGGACAUCCUCAUCAAGACAGAACGUCGUGUCCCCAAAGAUGCCCCCCCCGGUGGUGUUCAGGGAGAAUACAUCGGGAUGGACGACUACGGAGACGAUGACGAGGUGUGGCUGGUGUGGACAGAUAAGACCAACGAGAGACAGGAGAAAGGUAUCAGACAGCUGGCUCAGGAGGCCAGGCAGGGAAACGCUCACGAUGAAAACGUCAUCACAUACUACAGGUACCAGUUGAAGCUGUUUGCCCGGAUGUGUCUGGACCGCCAGUACCUGGCCAUCGAUGAGAUCUCCAAGCAGCUGGACGUGGAGCUGAUCUUCCUGUGUAUGAUGGACGAGACGCUGCCCUUCGACCUGCGAGCCUCCUUCUGUCGCCUGAUGCUGCACGCGCACGUGGACCGCGACCCGCAGGAGCUGGUCACGCCCGUCAAGUAUGCCCGGCUCUGGACCGAGAUCCCCAACGCCAUCUCCAUCAAAGAUUACGACUCCAACAUGGACGACAGCCGAGACAACAAGAAGAACCGGUUCUCCAACACGAUGGCCUUCAUGGAGGAGUACCUCAACAACGUCCUGCACGACGAGCUGCCCUUCCACAACGCCGAGAAAAACAAGCUCACCUUCGAGGUGGUGAGUUUGGCGCGUCACCUGAUCUACUUCGGCUUCUACAGUUUCUUCGAGCUGCUCCGUCUCACCAGGACUCUGCUCGGCAUCAUCGACUGCCGGCCAAACCCCGGAUACGCCGGGGUCUUAUUCCAGGAGGACGGGUCAGGGAAGAACGUGAAGCGCUCCAUCCACGGGAUGGGACAGAUGAUGUCCACCAUGGUGCUCAACAGGAAGCAGUCCAUCUUCGGAGGUGGGGGGGGCAGUGGGGCGGAGGCGGGGCUUGCUCUGGACGGGCCGAGAGGAAGUAAAGAUAGCAUCGACAAGGUGGACCUGACGGUGAUGGACACCAAGCUGAAGAUACUGGAGAUACUGCAGUUCAUCCUCAACGUGCGUCUGGACUACCGCAUCUCCUUCCUGCUCUCCGUCUUCAAGAAGGAGUUUGUGGACGUUUACCCCAUGGGGGACGCCGACGCUACCACCAACAUGGAGCACGCAGCUGCCAUCAACCUGCAGCACAUCGGGGAGCAGGCCGAGGCCAUGUUUGGAGUCGGGAAGGGGAACAGUAUCCUGGAGAUGGAUGACGAGGGCGGCAGGAUGUUCCUGAGGGUUCUGAUCCACCUCACCAUGCACGACUAUCCUCCGCUGGUGUCUGGAGCUCUGCAGCUGCUCUUCAGACACUUCAGCCAGAGACAGGAAGUACUGCACACCUUCAAACAGGUCCAGCUGCUGAUCUCGUCUCAGGAUGUGGAGAACUACAAACUGAUCAAAGCCGACCUGGAUCGUCUCCGCACGCUGGUGGAGAAGUCUGAGCUGUGGGUGGAGAAGAAGAGCUCGGGGGGGGGAGACGGCAUGAAGGAGAAAGGAGAGGGGGCAUCGAAGGACGCAACGCCCAAGAAGGAGAAGGAGAAAGACAACGAGAACUACCAGAAAGUCAAAGAGAUCCUGGAGAGGUUGAAUAAAAUGUGCAGCAGCGGCGUUUGGAAGAAGCAGCAGAGGUUGUUGAAGAACAUGGGUGCUCAUAAAGUGAUGCUGGACCUGCUGCAGGUGUCCUACGACCAGCAUGAUGUGAAGAUGCAGGAGAUCAUCCGGUACACUCACCUGUUCCUCCAGAAGUUCUGUACGGGGAACCAGGAGAACCAGACUCUGCUGCACAAGAACCUGACCCUCUUCCUCAACCCUGGGCUGCAGGAGGCGGAGACGGUGCAGCACAUCUUCUGUAACAACUACCAGCUGUGCAGCGAGAUCUCGGAGAGCGUCCUGCAGCACUUCAUCCACUGCCUGGCCACGCACGGACGCCACGUCCAGUACCUCAACUUCCUGCACACCAUCAUUAAGGCCGAGGGCAAGUACGUCAAGAAGUGCCAGGACAUGAUCAUGACCGAGCUAACCAACGCAGGCGAGGACGUGGUCGUCUUUUACAACGACAAGACUUCCUUCAACGUGAUGCUGGAGCUGAUGGCGGAGAGCAGGGAGGGGGUCAAAGAGAGCAGCCCGCUCAGGUAUCACAUCUCUCUGGUGGAGCUGCUGGCAGCCUGCGCUGAGGGGAAGAACGUUUACACCGAGAUCAAAUGUACCUCGCUGCUGCCGCUGGAGGACGUGGUCCGAGUGGUGACACACGAGGACUGCAUCACCGAGGUGAAGGUGGCCUAUGUGAACUUUGUGAAUCACUGCUACGUGGACACCGAGGUGGAGAUGAAGGAAAUCUACACGUCCAAUCACAUCUGGAAGCUGUUUGAGGACUUCACAGUGGACAUGGCCAGGGUGUGUAACAAGCGAGAGAAGCGUCUGUCUGACCCCAUCCUGGAGAAAUACAUCAUCAACGUGGUGUUCGACACCAUCCACGCCUUCUUCAGCUCGCCGUUCUCUGAGAACAGCACGUCGCUGCAGACUCAUCACACCAUCAUGACUCAGCUGCUGCAGUCGUCUGUCCGUCUGCUGGACUGUCCCUGGCUGCAGCAGCAGCACCGAGGACAGGUGGAGACCUGCAUCAGGACCCUCGCCAUGACCGCUAAGAGUCGGUCCAUCCCUCUCCCUCUGGACCUGGAGGCUCAGAUCGGCACCAUGUUGUCCACGUCCUCUCUCAACUCUCUGUCCCGGUCCAACCCAAACUACAAGUCCCUGUCCCGCUCCUCCAGAACCAUCGCUCCCAGCAACCCCUGGGACUACAAGAACAUCAUAGAGAAACUGCAGGACAUCAUCACCACCCUGGAGGAGCGUCUGAAGCCUCUGGUGAACGCUGAGCUGUCCGUGCUGGUGGACGUGCUGCAUCAGCCUGAGCUGCUGUUCCUGGAGGGCUCGGACACGCGGCAGCGCUGCGAGUCUGGAGGGUUCAUCUCCAAGCUGAUCCAGCACACCAAAGCGCUGAUGUGUUCCGAGGAGAAGUUGUGUAUCAAAGUGCUGAAAACUCUGCAGGAGAUGCUGAUCAGGACUCUGGACUUUGAUGAAAAGCUAUGCAGCGUUCUCAGCAGCCUGGAGGGAACGCAGCAGGGGAUCUCUCUGCGGAAGGUUUUGCUGCAGAACUACCUGUUCCCGGUGAAGAAAGCCAGCGUGAAGAACGACCUGGCCGAGCUCGGAGCUGCAGGCGCGGAGCAGGAGCGCGACUGGACGGCCGUGGCGGCGGUUCAGUGCCGUCUGGACCGAGAGGGAGGAACCAAACUGUUCACCGAUCUGGUGAUGAGCAGCAAGAACGACAAGAUCUUCCAGGAGAGCAUCCAGCUGGCCAUCUGCCUCCUGGAGGGGGGCAACACAGAGAUACAGAACUCCUUCUACAAACUGAUGAUGGGCGACAACAAGUCGGAGAAGUUCUUCAAGGUUCUUCACGACCGGAUGAAAGAGGCUCAGACGGACAUCAAAGCCACGGUGUCGGUCAACGUCGGCGAGAUGACACACAGAGCCAGCGAGAAGGAGCUGGACCACGGCGGCUCUGCAGCGUUAAUACUUCCUGGUAGCGGGGGUCUGCCGAUGCUGGUCCCGGGCCCGUCCAUCGCCCCGGUAACGGUGCAGCCAGCGGCGGCCGAGCAGCGGGAGGUGGAGGCGGAGAUGGGCCCAGCCGUGAUCAUCAUGAAGCCCAUCCUCCGCUUCCUGCAGCUGCUCUGUGAGAACCACAACCAGGACCUACAGAACUUCCUGCGCUGUCAGAACAACAAGACCAACUACAACUUGGUAUGUGAGACUCUUCAGUUCCUGGACAUCAUGUGUGGGAGCACCACCGGGGGCCUGGGCCUGCUGGGCCUCUACAUCAACGAAUCAAACGUCCACCUGAUCACGCAGACGCUGGAGACGCUCACCGAGUACUGCCAGGGCCCCUGCCAGGAGAACCAGACGUGCAUCGUGACCCACGAGUCCAACGGCAUCGACAUCAUCACAGCCCUGAUCCUGAAUGACAUCAGUCCUCUGUGUCGCUACCAGAUGGAGAUGGUGCUCCAGCUGAAGGACAACGCCUCCAAGCUGCUAUUGGCUCUGAUGGAGAGUCGCCAUGACAGCGAGAACGCCGAGAGGAUCCUGUUCAACCUGCGACCCCGAGAACUGGUGGAAGUGAUAAAGAAGGCCUACCAGCAGGAGAGUGAGUGUGAGGGCGUGGAGGUUUCUCCCCGGGAGGUGGGACACAACAUCUACAUCCUGGCUCAGCAGCUGGCCCGACACAACAAAGUCCUGCAGAACCUCCUGAAGCCUCAGAAGAACAGCAAAGAGGGGGAGGAGGGGAUCUCCUCCAUGUUGAACCUGAACAACCGGCCUCUGUCCCAGAUGUUGAAGUCCUCAGCUCCAGCUGUUGUGAUGGAACAGGACCCGCUGGAGUACUACGAGCAGCUCACCUCCCAGAUAGAGAUCGUGCGUGACGACCGCAGCAUGGAGCAGAUUGUGUUUCCUGUCCAUCCCAUCUGUGAGUUCCUGACCGAAGAGUCCAAGAGCCGCGUGUUCAAUACCACGGAGCAGGACGAGCAGGGGUCAAAGGUCACGCACUUCUUCGAACAAACCUCCUUCCUGCACGGAGAGAUGGAGUGGCAGAAGAAGCUACGAAGUAUGCCUGUGUUGUUCUGGUUCUCCAGGAGGAUGUCUCUGUGGGGAACUAUCUCCUUCAACCUCGCUGUCUUCAUCAACCUCAUCAUCGCCUUCUUCUACCCGUACGCCUCCGGACAAGUGGGAGCGAUUGAUGACAACCUGUUGCUGAUGUUGUUCUGGAUCCUGACGGGUCUCUCGGUGCUCGGCCUGUUCUCUCAGCGCUACGGGCUGCAGCCGCUCACCAUCGCUCUGAUCCUACGCUCCAUCUACCACCUGGGCAUCGGCAACACGCUCAUCCUGCUCGGAUCACUCAACCUGAUCAAUAAGGUGGUGUUUGUAGUGAGUUUUGUGGGCAACAACGGGACGUUCAUUAUGGGAUACAAAGCCAUGGUGAUGGAUGUGGAGUUCCUGUACCACCUGGCCUACGUCCUGACCUCCACGCUGGGACUCUUCGUGCAUGAGCUCUUCUACAGCAUCCUGCUCUUUGACCUGAUCUACCGCGAGGAGACUCUGUUUAACGUGAUAAAGAGCGUGACUCGUAACGGGCGCUCCAUCCUGCUGACGGCGCUGCUCGCUCUCAUCCUCGUCUACCUCUUCUCCAUCGUCGGCUUCCUCUGCCUGAAGGAGGACUUCAUCAUGGAGGUCGACCCGCUCGCACAGAUCGCCGCAGCUCCUCAGCAGAGUGAAGCCUCUCAGGAUUUCCUCAAGUCGUGUUCAGCAGACGGAGUCAGCUGCACCGCCGAGAACAGCGCCGCCGAGGACCAAGACGAGGCGACCUCGGAGCGAGCGUGCGACACGCUGCUGAUGUGCAUCGUCACCGUGCUGAACCACGGCCUGAGGAACGGAGGAGGGGUCGGGGACGUUCUGCGCAAACCUUCCAAGAACGAGCCCUUGUUUGCGGCCCGUGUGGUGUACGACCUUCUCUUCUACUUCAUCGUCAUCAUCAUCGUUCUGAACCUGAUCUUCGGCGUCAUCAUCGACACGUUCGCUGACCUGAGGAGCGAGAAGCAGAAGAAGGAGGAGAUCCUGAAGACCACGUGCUUCAUCUGCGGUCUGGAGCGAGACAAGUUUGACAACAAGACGGUGUCCUUCGAAGAGCACAUCAAAAUGGAGCACAACAUCUGGAACUACCUGUACUUCAUCGUCCUGGUCCGCGAGAAGAACAAGACGGACUACACCGGCCCGGAGAGCUACGUAGCACACAUGAUCAAAAACAACAACCUGGACUGGUUUCCCCGGAUGCAGGCGAUGUCUCUGGUGGUGACGGACAGCGACGGCGAGCAGAACGAGAUGAGGAUGUUACAGGACAAACUGGCCAUGACCAUGAAGGUGGUGCUGACGCUGACCACGCAGCUGACCGAGCUCAAAGAGCAGAUGACCGAGCAGAGGAAGAGGAGACAGAGGAUGGGAUUUGACGUCCAAUCAGGAGCCAGCCAAUCGCUGCCUCCAAGCGCCGCGGGAGGAAACCACCAGAUGUACAAAACAUGAAGACGCACUGCUGAAGACCAAACACACACACACACACACACACACACACACACACACACACACACACA